AUGUUACAGAAUGAUAGCUUUGAUGAUCAGAAGCAUGACUACGACACCGGACUAAAGGCUUGGCUACAAGUGCUUGGCUCUUUUUUUCUCUAUUUCAAUUCAUGGGGAAUUAUCAACUCCUUUGGAGUGUUCGAAACGUACUAUGAGCAACGAAUUCUAUUGCAUAUGUCGCCAUCGUCGAUUGCUUGGGUCGGAUCAGUUCAGUCAGCCCUGCUCUUGGUAGUUGGCGUGAUCAGUGGCCCGCUCUUUGAUUCCGGAUAUUUCUACGCACUGCUACCAAUUGGCACUUUUCUGGUUGUGCUAGGCAUGAUGAUGACAAGCCUCUCAACAAAAUAUUAUCAGAUCAUGCUGGCACAGGGCAUUUGUGUUGGUAUCGGGGCCGGCUUCUUAUUCGUCCCAUCAGUGGCAAUCCUACCGCAAUAUUUUAAGAGAAGACGAGCACUAGCAAAUGGCAUUGCUGCAUCCGGCAGCAGCAUUGGUGGAGUCCUAUUUCCUAUCAUAUUUCACCAGCUCGAAAAAAGGGCACUGCUGCAGCUUUCCGCAUUCAAAGAAACUCAAUAUUCAUUGUUUUGUUUGGCAUGCUUCCUAGGGUUCCUAGGCUUUUAUAACUUCCUCGUUUAUGUGCAACCGUUUGCGAUCGACACGAAAAUUGUGGGUGCUAACCUUGGUUUUUACCUUGUUGCCAUCUUGAACGCUGCAUCAACACUUGGCCGAGUUGGCCCUAAUUUCGUUGCGGAUCACAUAGGAUCACUUAAUGUGCUCUUUCCAGCAUUAGUUAUUACAGCCACCCUAGCCUAUUGCUGGGUUGCCGUAAACAGUACGUCGGGUAUUGUUGUGCUUUCUGCGUUAUAUGGAUUUUUCUCUGGAGGGUUCGUAUCCUUGAUACCAGUAGUGAUGAUGACGAUAACUCAGGACCUCCGGAAACUUGGGACUCGGUUAGGUAUGUGCUUUGCGCUUGAGUCUGUUGCAUUACUAAUUGGAACUCCAAUUGGCGGGAUCAUACUCCACAGUACUGGGUCGUAUCUUGGUGUCCAGUUGUUCUGCGGCUCAUGUCUUGCUGCCUGCGUUGUAAUUCUCCUCAGCGUCCGGUUGUUGCGAAGUGGGCCGAAACUCGUGUAUAAGACAUGA